UCAUGAGAGCAGUGUUGCUGUUUCCUUAUGAACUGCCCUGUGUAGAAUCUCAUUGCGCUGGGAAAAUUAGCCUUUGGCUGCUUGAUGGGAGUUGUAAGUUGCAGUUGGGGCUGGUGUAUAGCCGAGUGAAGGACUGUCCGGGUUUUAGACCGUAACUGGAGUGAGAAUCACUGAGAAACACUGACUCCAAUCUGGCAACCCCGCCUGGCUGUGAACUCUCCAUUCCGGACUGGGCGCAGCGCCGUGCUGACGGACUGAUGGACGGAUAGACAGAUAGAGGCAAGCACAGGGAAAGAGGGAGAGGAGAAGAAUGAAUGGAUUUGCUGCUGCAGGUAAUAAGAGCAUGGAGCCGAGCAGUUUCCCUGUUCAUGCGGAAUUACGCGCGGGUUCCCCGGUUUUUCCUCACUGCGCAAAAUGAUUCUCUCGGUGGACAGAAACUUUUGUUGAUCAUCGCCUGAAUUCGGCUAUGACACCGAUGCACAUUUCUCACUCGUAUUGGUGUACUGUAGUUCCACCAGUGCAGACUAAAUGCAGAGGGACGGUGUACGAUGAUUAGGUGAUCACCAGUUCGGGCCUCAUUAUGAUUGCUACUGGAGGCCUCUUGAGAAUCUCAGCAAGACGCCAAGAUUCCCUCCGUGCCAAAAACCGGGCAGAGAACAAGCGCAAGAGAAAAGCCAAGAAGAAGAGAAAGAAUGAGGUGGUGGUGGUGAAGGGCAAACUGAAGCUCUGUUCGGUCUCUGGGCUGAUUGCUGCACUAGGCAUUAUUGUGUUGCUUGUUGGGAUUGCCUUGGCUGUACUAGGCUACUGGCCUAAAGGAAGUCCGCUUUACCCAGGACUCCUCACAGUUAAAGGCUUACAGAAACCAGCCUUUACCAAUGACAGAGGAGGACCCAAAGCAGUGAACUGGACGACAAGUGGUAAGGUUAUUUAUCAGCUGGAUAAAGAUGUUAAAAGCUCUAAUUCUACUAAUGGCACAACUGAGGAAUCGCCAAAAUUGGGUGUCUUUGCUGAGUUUUUAAACAGACACUUACAUUCAGACAAACUAAAAGUGUUUGGACCAUUGAUUAUGGGCAUUGGUAUCUUCCUGUUCAUUUGCGCUAAUGCAGUCCUGCAUGAAAACAGGGACAAAAAGACAAAAAUCAUUAACCUUAGGGACAUUUAUUCAACGGUUAUUGAUAUUCACAGUUUGCGAUCCAAGGACAAUGCUUCACUUAAUGGAUUUGUGAACUAUAUGCAAUCAAAGGGGGUAGAAGGCAAUCCAAGCUCUGUAUACAAUGCUGCUAUGCUAGCAAAGGGCUCAUGGCCAUCUUCAGGAUCUUUCAAACAGGACCAGGAUAGCAGGCCGUCAUCCAGAAACUCAUCUAUUGGCAAACUGGAAGACUUACCUUUGGAUAGUCUUGCCAUCACAGACACAGUGUAUAGCAUUUGCAGGGAUCAGUCACCAGAGGCGAAGCAAUGGGAGACCAAAACAAUUGUGACCUCCUCAGUCAAUGCUUUCACACUACCAUUGAUCAGGCUCAACCACAGGACAGCAGGAAACAGAAGGGGUUCGGAUAAAUCUGGGGAGACCACAAGUGAAUGUCUGGAUUCGGAUGCUAUUCAUCACUGCUUGGAGUCUCUAGUGGCAUCAGGGAGCAUCAGGAAAGCCAAAGUGAAGACUCCUCAAACUCGAACCAUUAUUUCCCAGGACUCAGUGGAAGUUUAUAAGGGUAGCAACAGCCUGCAAGAGAUGCCACACCUCUCCCUUCAAGGCUCACGGGUUCAACUCCUUCCUGCAUCCCCUGGCCCUAAAGUGACAGGCUCUCACCUGUCCUUAAGUGCCCUAUCAGACUACUCCAGGUCCAUUGACUUGGGAAUCUGCCCGUCCACCCCUGUGAACCGGCACAUGGAUCGAACCAGGCGACGUAGCUGUCCUCGACUGGAAGGCCCGAGCAGUGGGGGUUAUAUCAAACUCGAGGGUCUUGGAGGGGAGUCUUUUGAGUCCACUGAUAUGACAAGUUUUAGUCAUGGAAGUUCUUCUGAGCUUUUGUCUAAAGGGCACGUUUCAAAAAAUCCCCUUGUCCAGGAGGAAGAUGUCUCCAGUGAACCUGACCAUGACAUGAUCAGACAAUACUCAAAUAAAGACAAACUGGUGAUGAUUUCCCAAUCAGACACUACCUUAGAGGACCUGGAAAUUGAGAGUGUAGAACUCUAACUGAGCCACCAGAAGAAAUCAGUGAAUUUGCAAGGUUUAAUAGAGACAUUACAUACUAAAGUCAUUACAACAAUCGAUAUUUUUCCUUUUUACUCUUACAGUGAAAAUGGAUACAUAUACUUGCUGUAAUGCCUUGGGUACUAAUGAAUAUAUUAUCUUCCUUUCUUUGGA